UUGAUUCUUUUAUAAUUUUUGUAGGCUAAAACUGAAAUCUAAAGGUCACUGAUAUUUUCGAAUAUACCAACUAUGAUGUUGAUGUAGUGGCUCAACUUGAUUACAAACUGAAGCCUGAGUCUGUGAGACUGUGAGUUUUUGAGAGAGGCUUUGGUGUUAUUUUUUCAAGGUCAAUAAUGCCAUUGUUUGGAAACAAAUUUAGUCCAAAGAAGACUUCACCUAGGAAGUCCACAUCCCUGUCAAACUUGACUUUAGAUCAAACAGAAAAACCAGUAGAGUUUGGGUUGGACUACGGACCUAUCAAAGUGAAACUAGGACAUAACGAAGUUGCAUUUGAAGAUGGACAGUGGAUUUCAGCUAAUGGUGGAAGUGGUGUCAGCAACAAAGAAUUUAUUAAAAUGAAGAAACAAAACCAGCAACUCACAGAAGAAAAUAAUUUACUGAAAAUUAAGUUGGAAAUACUUUUAGAUAUGCUGUCAGAAACAACAGCAGAGGCACAUUUACAAGAGAAUGAAAUAGAAGAACUAAGAGCUUUGACAAAGAAAUCAGGAAAGAGAAAAGGUGGAACUGGUUAAGGUCUUAUGAAGGAUGAAAAUAAUUCCAGAAGUGCUUUUAUCUAUCAAACAUUGCAAUGUGUUUCAUAGAGUGGGGUGAUGACAUGCCACCAGUACACCACUGAGAUGAGCUGUUAUGUUUUCAUAAACUAUAUGAACCAAAUAGGAUGAAAACAAAUCACAUCCUUAUGAUUGAUAUAUCCUGGAAUUGGAUUUGAUGCUGCUGCCAUGGCUACAUGUACCACAGUGUUGCUAGGCACUGUUAUCAAUACCCUGUGAUGCUUGGGUUGGUGCCAGUGCCAUUGCUGAUGUCAGAAAUGUAGUGCAGAUGAAGCAAGACAAACAUCUGUAUCUGAUGGCUUACCACUUUCUGUCAAGAGGGAAUUUAGUGAAUAAUAAUGAUAAAGAAUUGUAAAUUGACACUGUUUCAUAAAAAUGCAUUUUGCAAUAUCUGUUAAAAAGGUAAUUUUUCCAGCAUAUGUAUAUCAUUUUGAGUACACGGAGAUUUCUUUUCAGUGAUGAGAAAUAGUGUUAAGUCCAGGACUUGAAAUAAUCUUUCAUUUCUUUUCAUUAGAAAUAUCUUUUGAAUAAUUGUUGUAAUAAUUAUUAUUUUGAUAUUAAA